AUGGAUUUUGUCCAUAGUAGUGGUGUGCUAGUUAUACGCUACAUCCAGAACAACUACGGGGAAUACCGUGACUUCCUCAACCUCAUUUCAACUGUGGGCGACCCCCGAAAUGUAUUCUCGGUUUAUUUCCCCCUGUGGUUCUAUCUGAGUCACAGCGUGGGCACCAAGAUGGUAUGGGCGGCUGUUUUUGGAGACUGGCUCAAUCUCAUUUUCAAAUGGAUUCUCUUCGGGCAGCGACCUUACUGGUGGGUGCAUGAAACUCAGCUCUACAACAAUGAUUCCUUCCCCCAUUUGGAGCAAUUUCACAUCACAUGUGAAACAGGGCCAGGUAGUCCAUCCGGUCACGCCAUGGGCUCAUCGUGUGUGUGGUAUGUCAUGAUAACAUCUGCUCUCAACUCGACUCAAUGUUUUGCUGCUGCCAACGAGCACACUUCUAAAAGAUUUUGGAUUCUGAGGUCUUGCUUGUGGACCACCUUUUGGAUCAUCCAGAUCAGUGUUUGCAUUUCCAGGGUUUUUAUCGCCACUCAUUUUCCACAUCAGGUUAUCCUGGGCCUACUAGCUGGUAUGUUGGUCGGCGAGGCGUUGGAACACCUGCCUUCAGUCUGCAAUGUGAGCUUGAAAGCGUACAUCCAGAUCACCGUGUUUCUCUUCUGCAUCGCUGUUAGCUUAUACCUGCUGCUCAGACUGGCCGGCGUGGAUCCAUUGUGGUCCGUAGCCAAAGCCAAGAGGUGGUGUGGUAAUCCGGACUGGAUACAUCUUGAUACAACACCCUUUGCCGGACUGGUGAGAAACCUGGGAGCCUUGUCUGGACUGGGCCUGGCCGUCAACUCUGACAUGUUCAUUCAGAGCUGUAAAGGGAAGAGCGGCUACCAAAGCAGAUUCAAGAUCAUGUGCGUGGCCGCAACACUCACCACCCUGCAGCUAUAUGAUUUAGUCAGAAUACCCACUCAUACUGAGCUGCUCUUUUAUAUCCUCUCAUUCUGUAAGACGGCUUCCAUUCCACUUGUUGUGGUUGCUGUUAUUCCUUAUUGUGUUCACCUGAUGAUGGGAAACGAAGACAGGAAACUUGUGUAA